AUGCUCCUCGCCAGCCUCAUAUGCCUCGCACUGGGCAUAUCCAUAUCCCCCGCCGCCGCAAACGUCGAGAAGACCAUCUUCCUCGGCCCGGAGCCCGUCAACAUCCCCAGCCAGCAGCCGUCGCUGUCGGCCCUGAACAUCGACACCCUCACGCCCGACGACGACAACUGGUCGCUCAGGACCCACAUUGACGCGUCCUUCCCGACACAGGACUCGAGCCGCGGCAGCUCAUCGUGGUUCAUCCUCGACGGCCUCGCCGAGGGCCGGCGCUAUGAGGUCCGCAUCUGCUGGCUGGCCACCCAGCCGACAGCAUUCCGCCUAGAGACCCACACCCUGCCAGAGGUAUUCGACACCCCGGAGCUCAUCACCUCGCUCCACAACUACUCCACGUCCAGGCGGGGGGAACCCACGACGACUCGCCGCCCGUACCAAGACGGCACCACCGGGGACGGCCACGGCGACCGCCUCUCCUCGGUCCUCUUCCUGCGCGUCGACGCCGCCGCCGACUACUUCACCACGGACGCCGCGCUGAUGCGCCGCCCGGAGCCCGUCCUCGCGGACCUCAUCCUGGACCCCUUUGUGCUCAACGUCCUGCCGCGGACCCUCGCCCCCGCGGCCGGGCUCGCCGUGCUGGCCGCCGCCCUGUCGUGGGCGCUGGCGUCGCGCGUCAUCAUGCCGCGCGUGAGGGGGCUCAUGGUGGCCGAGGACGGGGACGGGGACGGGGAUGGGGACGGUGGCCGUCCGCAGCAGGGCGGGGAGCAGAAGAAGACGCGGUAG